GCGCCUGUUUGACCAGCUUUAUACGUUUUAGACACUGUGAGGACAUUUGACCACACUGACAGGCUUGUGUCUGUGUGAUUAAAGUGGAUUAGUGUGUGCUGGGGAGCAGUAGCAGUUGGAGGCGAGCAGCAGGCGGCUGGCAGCUCUGACAUACAGAGAGCGAGCUGGAGAUCACAGGUGACAUCAUCAGCAGGUGACAUCCUUCCCAUGGUGCCCUGCAGCCUCAGAGGUCACCAUGGAAGACCAGUCUUUCCCAGAAUGCCAAGCUCAGGAGCUGUUUGAUGAGUUUGUAUCAGCAUCAACCUGCAGGGCGGCGCUGCGCUCCUUCAGCCAGCUUUGUGAACAUCUGCAGCUGGACCCGAGCACUGCCGAAAGGCCACUGUACCGACCGAUUAAACGCCGCCUUAACUACUGGAGGGCGAAUGGUCUGUGGGCCAAGCUGGACCGGAGGGGGGCGCAGGAGGAGUACCAGAGGGCACGAGCCUGCAGCGAUGUGACUUGUGUUAUCAUUGGUGCAGGGCCUUGCGGUCUGCGGACAGCAGUGGAGCUGAGCUUCAUGGGAGCUCGAGUGGUGCUGCUGGAGAAGAGGGACUCCUUCUCCAGGAACAAUGUGCUCCACUUAUGGCCCUUCACCAUCCACGACCUGCGGGGCCUUGGAGCCAAAAAGUUCUAUGGAAGGUUUUGUGCCGGCUCCAUCGACCACAUCAGUAUUCGCCAACUGCAGCUUGUCCUGUUGAAGGUCGCCCUGCUCCUGGGGGUCGAAGUUCAUGUCAAUGUGGAGUUUAAAAAGCUGGUGGAGCCAGCAGAGGACCAGCACAGACACAAGACUUUGACUCUCUGGACGAGUCGUCAGUGGAAGAAAACACUCGACUCGGCUUUGAUGUGGCUGAACGAGAGUUUGGGAUUUCUCCAUUGAUGACGGUGGAGGAAAUGUCGUCUGUGGAAGAGCCGGACUCUCUGUCGAUGGUCAUGUACCUGAGCCAGUUUUACCAACUGCUCAAAGACUCGCCGCCCCCUAUGGGCUGCCUGAGGCACAUCACUGACCUGCGAUCAGCUCUCAUCGCUCCUGCCUCCCUCCUCAGCCGACUGGGAACCAGUUUGUCCAGGAAGAGAAACCCAAAGGAGCAUGGGGGGGCAUUGGGUAAAAAGAGGAAGACCAGUCAGCGGAGUCGAGAGCAGCAGGAGUCAUGUGACCUGAAUGGUGAUGUUGAGAGCCAGUCACUUGAGGAGGAGUUUGUGGGUGGGGCCAGUCGGACCAGAGUUCGUUUGAUGGCCAAUCAGCUACAGGCAAAGCUGCAUGAAAGUUCAUCUACCUGCAGGACAUCUUCUUCUGCUGCUGCUGAUUUCCGUCGACAACAGGGGGAGCUAUCCAGCCUCCCUCCAGCCUCCCAACCAGCAGAAAGUCAGCCGACUGCAUCUCCAGUUCACUUGUCAUCAUGGAGGCCGAAAAAACGAACUCUUCAGCAGGAGCAGAUGAGUUUUCGAUUCAAACAGAAGCUCAAGGCUCAGGCAGUUCUCGAUGGGGACGAACAGGUGCCUGAGCAAGUACCUGAACAGUGCCUUCAAAUGUACACGGGUGGCGUGAGCUCACUGGCUGAGCAGAUAACCAGUCGUAUGCAGAGUCAGGAGGACGGUGGUGGGGUCUCUGCCAGCUGCAGUCACGUCUGUUUCUUCUGUAAGCAGAGGGUUUAUGUGAUGGAGCGUCUCAGUGCAGAGGGCUUGUUCUUCCAUCGCAGCUGCUUCCAGUGUGGUUCCUGCAGCAGUCCCCUCCGCCUGGCCUCGUACACAUAUGACCAGCACACCAGGAGGUUUUACUGCAUGCAACGCUCCGAAUGUCACCUAAGUGCUCAAGCCGUGAGGAAGAGGCCCACGCCAUCUGACAGAGCUACGUCACACCGAACGUCAAUCGGGUCCCAGAGCUCGGCGCCAUCUCUGUCUGACUCUCUGAUCUCAGCAGGCCGCCGACCAUCCUCAGCUGCUUCUCUAAUGGCGGCGACGCCGGAGAGGAUCGAGCUGGAAAUCUGGCACCGGUGCUCAGAGGUGGAGCUACAGGAGGAGCUGAAGGAGGUUUCCGAGGAGGUCCUGAACCUAUUCAACCUGAGCACCGACAAUCAUACAGGGUCCAGGUCCAGAAGUUCAGAGUCAGAUAUGGAGGAGGAGGCAGAGGGAGGAGGCUGUGUAACCUCAGACGAGACGAGAUCUUCAUCGAGAGAAACGCUGCAGCUUUACCUGAAAGUCCAGGAGGAGGAGGAGGAGGAGGAGGAAGGCAGUGGUAUGGAGUCCAGCGAUGAGGGGGAGUACGACCCCUGGGAGAUGGAGCGCCGUUCGGGCUUAUGGCUCCUGUUAGAGGAGGAGACAGAGGCGGAGCUUGCUCCUUACAGCUCUGACACACCUGUUCAGCCUGACUCCACCUCUUCCAUGAACUCAUCUGUGACUCCACACCCUGUCACCACCACCGCCAGCACAGCCUCCUUCAUCACCACACCUGACUCCCCUCACAUUGAGGAUGGAGCCAGAGCGCCACUCAAACCUGCCAUUGUCAUGGAGACACCUGCUGCCAGUGGGUGGGGCUCAUUUGACAACAUCACACCUGAACUGCCGCAAAAUAGGCCCCUCCUCCUGCAAGAGAAAGGGGAGGGGUCAGAGGAGGACCCAGGGACAUUUAGGAGGAAGAGGAGGACGACGAGACGGCGAGAAGCUCAUAGCCUCCCCCCUAGACUCCUCUUCCCCCCCCUGCAGCCUGGGGGCAGGGCUCUCCUCUUUAAGAUGCUCAGAGAGGCUCCUCCCCCUGGGGAGAGGGAGCUGGGAGGGGUUGGAGCCAGAAAUCUAUUAAAGACUGCGUUUUCUGGAAACAAGAAUGAGCAGAAGAAAAAGGGGGGUGGGACUUUACCUGCAGAGAGGGCGAAGGAGAAAACAGCCAGUCAGAGAUUCACAGAUGUGAGAGCAGAGGUGUCAGAUCUUGAUUCAUCCACCGUGUUGCAGAGAUGUUCCCUGAAGCCCCAAAACAACCUGCGUUUGGAGUUGCUUGACCUGACCAAUGAAAUUCAGAGGGUUGCCAUCGAGGAGGAGGAGAACCAGGAGCCGCCAUACGUUCCUCACGCUCUGGCUUUCAAACGAUCAUACGCCAUCAAGAGACGCCCCCUAAAAGACAGAGUCCCGCUACAGGACUCUGACGGCCAGUCUUCCUGCCCCACGGAGGUGGUGGGGGUCGUGGUCCAGCCGAAGGAGGCAUCCAGUUUGAGCGUGAAGGAAACCAUGUUCCAGAGGGAACGUGAGGAUGACGACGAUGACCUGGACACCAGAAUCACGAGACGGGUUCAGAGAGCCGCAAGGAGACAGGCCAAACAGGAAGAACUGAAAAGACUCCACAAGGCCCAGAUGAUCCAGAGGCAGCUGCAGCAGGUGGAAGAGAAACAGAGGCAGCUGGAGGAGAGAGGAGUGAUGGUGGAGAAAGCUCUGAGGGGAGAAGCAGAUUACUGGGGAGAAUACAGCCAAAGCGCAGACAUGGAGCUUCACCUGGGAGGGCUCGGGAAACUGGAUAAUCCACCGCUGAUGCAGCAGUGGUUCCAGCUGGUCCAGCAGAAGAACGCUCUGGUCCGAUAUGAAGCUGAGCUCAUGAUCUUCGCUCGAGAGCUGGAGCUGGAGGACCGGCAGAGUCGCCUGCAGCAGGAGCUCCGAGAGAGGAUGGCUGUGGACGACCACCUGAAGGACGAGGAGCAGCUGGCUGAGGAGCGUCUGAUCCUGGAGGAGAUGCUGGAGGUGGUUGAGCAGAGAGACUCUCUGGUGUCCCUGCUGGAGGAGCAGAGACUGCAGGAGCGACAGGAAGACAGGGACCUGGAGCAGCUGAUGGUGUCCGGAGGACUGGGACUCACCUGGACCUGAGGCGGUCAGACUUUCUGUCUCACCUGUCAGAGGUCUUUAAACCCACCUGGACGCAGGCAGGGAUGAUAUGUUUAAAACUGCAAACUGUCGAGUUGACCUGAGGAGAGUCUGGUUUAGUGCAGGUAAACAGUCCAGGUGGAGAGAAACAAUUACAUUUAUUAACUUUUUAAAACUGAUUCAUAAAAACUACCCACGAACAGAAACAGGAUGUCUUAGUCUGAAAUCAGCUGACCUCUAAUGUUUCCUUAGAAGUUAGUCAUCAGAGCAGCUUGAUGGAUUAAAUCCAGCAGAACCCAAACAGAUACAGGAUGGUCUGAACUGAACCAUCCAAUCAGGUGUGAUGAUGUCAUUCACGCCAGAGAAGAUGGGAAAAACCUCCACUUUUCUGACUCCAGGAGUUAGUACCGUACUAAUGCUAACAGCCUGUAUUAGCUAUAGUGAUGGAACACUGACAUGGCUGCUAGCCAAUACCAUGCUACUGCUACUGCUAACCAGCUACCAUAACCCACUGUUGCUACCUGGAGUAAAAGUAAGCUAAUCUAAAUGAAGAUGUGUUUGUGCAGCUUGUCCUGGUGCAGAGUUUAAAUAUCUCUAACUCCUCGAGAGAGAACACAAAGGUGGACUUCAGCUCUCAGUGCUGAGCUAUCUUAAAACUCCAUUCUUUCUACUGACAACAGGGGUAAACUCCUCUGAUCUGAGCUCUUUCCUGAGGAGUUUACAGUCUCAGAUGCUAGUUAAUUAAUUACAUGCUGUGUGUCAAAUGUUUGAAUACAGUAGAAUAGAAUAGCCCUUUACUGUCAUUGUACAUGCACAACAAAAUUGUGGAGGCUCCACCCCAGCAGUCAGGAGUAAAAUAUAAAAACUAGACAGCAAGAGUUCAAGAACUCAAAAGUGGGCUCAAUAGGCAGGCAGACUAAUAAAUCAAAUUAAUUCUACUAGAAACUGGUUGUCUACAGGAACUGGACCCAUUCCUAAUAUUUUAGAUAUUAAACCUGAUAUUAAAACAUUUAAAACAGUGUAUUUAAAUCCUUUGAGGCCGAACCCUCUGGUCUCAUAUCACUGUUUUUAAAACUCUUUUAUAAAGUUUAGGAACUCUUAAAAUAAGCUAAGACUCACUAAAGAUGUUUGAGCAUUUCACAAACUUUAAUAUUUAAUAAAAAAAAUGUUUUAAAACAUCUGAUGAACCAUGUGACCCAGCCUCAAUGACAUUUUUAUCUAAUUGAUUAUUGAUUGUGCCAUCAGAUCACCUGUGUGCCUUACCUGCCACCUGAUCAAUAACAUGUGUUCAUGCGGCAAUGAUGGUUAUUACUGUAACUCUGUGCUGUGAAAUAAACCUCUCAUUUCUGACAUUCUGGCUCAUUUUCUGCUCAUUUCUGCUCAGAAAUUACAUUUUAUUAUUAUGAUUAAAUACAAACACAUUAAGAUUUUUUGAGAAGAUCGAUGAACCAUUCCUCCCUUAUAACAUUUGAUUGUUGAACAUAAGUUGUGACUCCUCUACAGCUUUGUAUUCAAUGCACAGUGAGAGAAAGAGCUGGAAGCUUCAGUCACAGAAGA